UCAAGAGGUCAACAGAUAGGCAGAGGUCGAGAGCUGAGAGGCUGAGAGCCGCUUCCCAAUCGAGAGGAGCCCAAGACCCCCGUCCCCCUUCUGUGGUCAUCGCCCCCGAUCCAAGAUUAGGGUUUCAAUCGUUAAAACCCUAGAAAAUUUCCUCCAAAAUCUCUCAACUUCCCUUCAGCAAGAUCGAAUCUUUUUACAAGCAGAAGAGGAAUCCGCCAAAGAUUCUCCAAUCUUCUCCUUCGACCUCGUUCGCGCGUUUUAUGGACAAGUUCUCUUCGGUUCAUCCUCUCGUCGAUCUCCGCAAGGGUUUUGGAUAAAUUGGUAUUCAAAUUCUUUUCCUUCUAAGAGACGUCAUAUAAGUCCAUCGAAGAAAAAUAAUUCUCCGACAAAGGUUUUCUGAGCGACACGGACUCAAAGUUGAAAUUCACCAAGCAAAAUGACUUCAUUAAAUCCUAAUGCAGCAGAGUUCAUUCCUUCAGCCUUUAGAUCUCCACCUGCAAACAUCAAAAGCUCAGAUAUUAGCAGAUGGGAUGUUCCAGGACCUUCUGCAAAUUCAAUUCUUGAUCGAUCGGAAUCCAAUGUUUCAAAUAAAUCAGAUGACGAGGCACAGAGGUAUUGGCGUGACCAACUUCCAGAUGAUAUAACUCCUGACUUCAAGAGUAUGGUAGAAGAAGAGGGGCACACACCUGGGCAACUUUCGCUUGCCAAUUUAUCGUUGCAUGACAGUGCUGAAACUUCCAGAUUCCUUACAGCGGUAAACAACCAAUUAUAUGGUACAGACCAGGAUAUAUUUCAUGAAGUUGGUGAUCUCGACAUCGGUGAGAAGGUUGGAUAUGCAGGAUCUACUUUCAAGCAAAAUCAACCAUCAAAUACCUUUAUGACAUUUUCUGCUAGUGAAUGGGACAAAAGGUUUGUAAAUGGUGACCAGCGUUUUACAAAUGGAAGGGAGGGGCAUCAUUACAGUGGAGAUUCCAGUUCUGGCUUGUUGAAUGAUUCCUUAAAUGAGCAGAUUAUUUUAGAUGAUGCUUCGGUCAAUCCCGUGGAAUAUUUGGCAUCUGUAUUUCCUGGUUUUGCUGCUGAGAGCCUAGCGGAUAUUUAUUAUGCAAAUGGUUGUGACUUAAACUUAACUGUGGAGAUCCUAACUCAACUUGAGCUUCAGGUUGAUGCUAAUUUUUGUCAGAAUGCAAACCCAAAAUCAUCAGAAGCUCCAAGCUUUAACAUGCUCGACUUUCCUGCACUCACUGCAGCAGAGAGCAACAGUGGGAUGUCAAAGUUGGAUGGAGAAGAUCUUCAAUCAGCUUUUACAUAUAGAUCUUCUUCCAAUGUAUCUAGAGGCACAGUUGAUUUUGCGUCAACUGUUCGCAAGCUUGCUUCCGAGGAUUCUGCUCAUAGGAAGUAUGAGAGGAACAGACCCGCAGACGGAUUUAUUAGUUCAAGUAGAAGCUCACAGCUUUUGAACAGCUCAUACAACAGUAACACUAAAGUUCCGUACGGAGAUAAAGGACGAAGUUCUGCUGCUGGUCGGGCAGCGCCUGUUUGGCUUGAGACUGGCGAUGCAGUGGCAAAUCUUUACUCAGAACUGAGGGGAGAUGCUCGUGAUUAUGCACGCCUUCGAAAUGCAUGCUUUGAACAGGCAAGACAAGCUUAUCUGAUUGGCAAUGGUUCCCUUGCUAAGGAGUUGAGCAGGAAAGGACAGUUGUACAACAUGCAAAUGAAAGCAGCUCAUGGUAAAGCUAGGGAAAGUAUCUACCGUCAAAGGAACCCAAGUACUCUGGAUGCAGGAAUUCAAGAUGGUCUAAUAGACCUUCAUGGGCUUCAUGUGAACGAGGCGAUCCAAGUUCUACAGCACGAGCUGAGCAUUUUGAGGAGCACCGCAAGAUCUUCAGGCCAACGACUACAGGCAAUGAUCUGUGUCGGUACGGGCCACCACACCAAAGGUGCACGCACUCCUGCCAGGCUCCCUGUUGCAGUGGAGCAGUACCUUUUAGAAGAAGGCCUUCAUUUUACCCAACCUCAGCCUGGCCUACUCCGUGUUGUUAUAUACUGACACAUAAAAACGAAAAAAAAAGGAGAAAAAAUAAUGGGGAAAAAAAUCAACCAUAGGGUGAUCUCUUGUAUAUGGGUGUAGGAAUGGGGAGGAUUAACAGAAAGCUUCUUGUAGGUUUAAGAUCAGUGUAAAAUUUGUCAAAUUUGUGGCAUUCACAUUACUCUUUCUUGUAAAUUUUCCUGGCAGAUAGUGCUGAGGCUGUACACUUUUAGCCUGACCUUUUUUUUUCAAUGUAUUUUUUCUUGAGACUUU